AUGUCUAAGCCGUUGCCAGAGCCAGAGUUUGAGAGGACCUUCCAACAUCAAAGCAGCCUACCGCCUCUGCCUGUUCCCACACUAGAGGGCACCCUCUCCAAGUACCUGGAUGCAGUGCGGCCAUUUGCAUCUGACCAGGAGUUUAAAGCUACGGUGGAUAUUGUACGGACAUUUCAAGCGGGAAUUGGCAAAGAACUUCACAGCAAACUACUCCAGAGAGCCAAGACUACGAGGAAUUGGCUGGAAGAAUGGUGGUUAGACACUGCGUACCUGGAGGUGCGCAUCCCCUCCCAGCUCCACGUAAACUUCGGCGGCCCGGCUCCUUAUUUGGAGCACUGCUGGCCUCCCACAGAAGGAACUCAACUGGACAGGGCAAGCAUCAACGUUUGGCACACUCUGCAGUACUGGAAUCUCAUUUACAAAGAAAAGAUGGCCCCUCAGAGAGCUGGUAAAAUGAUGUUGGAUAUGGAUCAGUUCAGAAUGCUCUUCUGUACUUGUAAAGUACCUGGAAUUGAAAAAGACACCAUUUACAACUAUUUCAAGACAGAACGAGAGGGCCAUUGCCCAACGCACCUGGUUGUGAUGUGCCGUGGACGGAUUUUCACUUUUGAUGCGCUUUGCGACGGACAAAUUCUUACACCACCAGAGCUCCUCAGGCAGCUGAGCUACGUGCAAGAGCGUUGCAUGGGCCAGCCAGAAGGCCAUGGAGUUGCUGCUCUUACCACUGAUGAAAGGACUCGAUGGGCAAAGGCCAGGGAGUAUCUCAUUAGCAUUGACCCCCACAAUGAAACCAUCCUGGAGACUAUCCAGAGCAGCCUCUUCAUAGUAUCUCUAGACGAUGCCAAACCAUAUUCUUCUGCUGAGAACUACACAAAUAUUGCUGUGGAAGCGCUCAAAGGAGACCCCACUAUUCGCUGGGGAGACAAAUCUUACAACUCGCUUGUGUUCUCCGACGGUACUUUUGGAUCCAAUUGUGACCAUUCACCAUAUGACGCUAUGGUCAUGGUCUCCAUGUGCUGGUAUGUUGACCAGCAACUCAAAGCUACGGGGGGAAAGUGGAAGGGCUCGGACAGUGUGCGACCAAUGGCUUUACCUGAAGAGCUCAUUUUUAGUGUGGACCAAAAGGUCCUGAGUGAUAUUAACCACGCCAAACGGCAAUAUCUAGACAAGGCGCAAGACCUCCAGAUUGUGUGUCACGCCUUCACUGGGUUUGGAAAAUCUGCCAUCAAAAAGAAGAAUCUACACCCUGACACAUUUGUUCAGUUGGCAAUGCAGCUGAGCUACUACCGCAUGCACAAAAGAGCAGGGAGUUGCUACGAAACGGCAAUGACUCGGAGGUUCUACCACGGUAGGACAGAGACGAUGCGGUCUUGUACUAGUGAAGCGCUCACCUGGUGUAAAGCAAUGGUGGACCCCACAUGCGAGAUUCACGAUAAAAGGAAAGCCUUGCUGCAAGCCUUCAACAAACACAAUAAGCUGAUGGCAGAAUGCCAAGAGGGCAAAGGUUUUGACAGGCAUCUUUUUGGACUUUACCUUAUCGCCAAAGAGGCAGGAUAUCAAACUCCUGCGCUCUACGCAGAUCCCCUCUACACAAAGAGUGGGGGUGGCGGGAAUUUUGUGCUGUCAUCCAGUUGCGUGGGCUACACCUCAGUCCUCGGCGCCGUCGCGCCUAUGGUUCAUCACGGCUAUGGCUUUUUCUACCGCAUCAAUGAGGACAGGAUUGUGAUCUCGAUCUCAUCUUGGAAAUCUUGCCGUGAGACAGACUCUGCAACAUUGUUCAACCGUUUCUCCAACUCAAUGCAUGAGAUAUUUCACCUGGCGACCACUUCUCAGCUUUAA